ACAAGCCUACACCUUGGCAAAUGAUGCAGAAGGUCGCCAGUUUGCUGUCGAGCAGCAUAAGCAGCACUUGAAAUGUCUGAAACAUGGUUUCGCCCUACACCUACACUUUUGCUGUGCGUUUAUGGGUUUUUCACCAGUCUCAGGCCAUCGGAACCAUUUCUUACCGCAUAUUUGUUGGGACCUGAAAAGAAUCUAACAGAGAUCGAGGUUAUCAACGAGAUUUAUCCAGUAUGGACGUAUUCCUACCUGGCGCUCCUGUUUCCGGUCUUCCUUGUGACGGACUACCUUCGCUACAAGCCCGUGAUCAUUCUCCAGGGGGCCAGCUACAUCGUGACCUACGUGAUGCUGGUGUGGGUCCAAGGGCUGCUGGCCAUGCAGUUUGUGGAGUUCUUCUACGGGAUCGCCACGGCGACGGACAUAGCCUACUACUCCUACAUAUACAGCGUGGUCGACCCGGCGGAGUAUCAGAAAGUUACUGGCUACUGCCGCAGCAUCACGCUGGUGGGCUCCGCCGUCGGUUCGCUGACCGGGCAGUUGCUGGUGUCCGUGGCCCACAUCCGGCUGAUCUACCUGAGCGUCUUCACACUGGUGACGAUGAUCGUGGCCUUUAUUGCCCCCUGGUUUCUGCCCAUAGCCAGCAAGAGCUUGUUUUUCCACCAGACAACUAAGGUCGAGGCCGCGGGGCAGAGGAACGGUCAUGUUGAGCAGAGGAACGGUCAUGUGGGGCAGACGAACGGGGACGUGGGGGAGACUAACGGUGACGUGGCUGUGCACUUGAUGGAUCCGGAUAUCGAGACAACGACGCCAAAUGGAGGUGGCAUCAGCAGCCAUGAGAAGGAGGUGGUGUUGAAUCCGGACAGGGGCGUGUGCGGUGAACUGGUGGAAGUGCUGAAGACCCUGUGGGGCGACUUUCUGCAGUGUUACUCCUCCAGCGCCCUCCUGGCCUGGUCGGUGUGGUGGGCACUAUCCACCUGUGGCUACUUCCAGGUGGUCAACUAUGCCCAGGCGCUCUGGGAGACCAUCCUGCCUUCCACGGAGUAUAUGAUCUACAACGGCUACGUGGAGACCAUCUCAACUCUCCUCGGAGCGGCAGCUGCAUUUGCGGUGGGUUUCGUAAAGAUCUCCUGGGAGGCCUGGGGAGAGCUGGCCCUCUUCAUCUUCUCUGUGGUCAUUGCGGUGGCGGUGUACGUCAUGGACACGGUGCAGAACAUCUGGGUGUGCUACACCUCCUACAUUGUCUUCAGGGGAACUUACAUGCUACUCAUCACCAUAGCGACGUACCAGAUAGCUGCUAACCUCAGCAUGAGGCGGUAUGCCCUUGUGUUUGGAGUGAACACGUUCAUCGCCCUGGCACUGCAGACCCUGCUCACUCUGAUUGUGGUGGAUACUGCUGGGCUGGGCCUUGAUAUUAUUAUACAGUUUAUGAUCUACGCCAGCUACUUUGCUGUGAUCGCGGUCAUCUUCCUGGUGGCCUGGCUGUAUAAGGUUGUGCAGAGGUGUCGGAGCAAGCCAGGCGGGCCGAGCAAUGGCGGAGACACCCCGGUGGAGCCGGACUCCAGUGGGGAAGGCCAGUCUCUCAACAACGGCACGGUGGAGCAGACCCCCGGGAACCAGGCUGUUCCUUGCAGCCAAGAGAGCGAAGGAACAGUGCUAUGAUCUAAAGACAUGACUUUGCUCAACUGUUUUGCACUUAUUAUUAUUAUUAGUAUUAUACAUUUUAUUUGUGAAACAAUUUUCCCAAGCUCAAAGUGCUGAAAAAAAAUUAUAAUUCAAAAUCAGCCACAUGGCCUUGAGGUAGAGAUAUCGCAUACAGACUCAUGUCGCUUAAUGGACUAUUCAUUGUAUUGGUAUUGGGGGUUGUGAAAAAGAAUGCGCCCUUUCAAAGAAUGUAGUGAAGAAUCCACUUGUUAUGAGUUUGGGCUAAUCAAAUCUUUAACUUGUUUUUAAAGAGGAAAAAAAAAAUCUUGUUAAAUGGGGAAAACGCUAAAUGACUUCCACCUAAGCUCCAGGUCCAUAAACAUACAAAUGUGGGUCUCUAAUUUUAAGACAUUUGUACAAAAAGUCUGGCAGUGUGCACCUGGUUCUCCAUAAACAUUUGGAAUGGCUUGGGAAUCAAUACAAUUAUACAUUUUCUAAGAUGGUUACUGUAUGGAUUGGUAAAGGUUAAUAAGACUUAAUGUGCAUUAAAAGUGUUACAUUUACAUCUUAACAGUAAUGUAGUCACUGUUCAAUAAUGAGCAAUAAUUGCUUUAUUGAUGCGAUUUAAAUGCUAUUUAUAUACCUUUGCACUAAUUGUUUUUAAAAUGUGUAUAUAUGAACAGUGAAGCACAAAAAUAUUUUUUAUUGGAUGAAUCCAUGAUGUUGCUGUGUGUGAAGUAGAAUUUCUUUUUUUUUUUUUUAAACGAUCUUUAAGACUUCAGCUUCUGUAUUGAAAAAUAUUCAGGUGAAAUAAUUUGAAAAAGGUCAUUGACAUUGAGUAUUCAAAAAUGAAAUGAUCCACAAAGCACCCCUGUAAGCGCAUACAGUAUGGGCUAUGGAAUACACCUUUAUUGUACAUUAGUGUACUCAUUCCUUUUUGUAUUUGUGUGCAAGUACUUGAUGAAAACCAGUGUUGCCUUUAGUAUCAAUCUAAUCAGUUCAGUUCUAAAUUCAGAUAAACUGGAGUCAGACUUAUACACCGUUUCAAAGCAUAUAAACCACUGCAUUCUUUUGCCAAAAUAUAGAAUUACUGUAGAAUUAUAUACUGUUACAGAUGGAAGAACUCUACUGUUGUGUACUGAUUUCAUGAUGAAGGCAAUAAACGCAUUUUGUACAUA